UUUCAGUAGCCGUCUGUGCCGCGGCAUGUGAAUUUGCAUCGGUUUGUUCACAUCAUUCGUGGACCCGGUGUGACAUACGUGAGUGCAUCGUGACCCCGGAAACAAAAACCGGAGACAAUCCUACAUUUGCAUCACUCGCGCUCAUCACCUGUCGCGGAUCUUCGAUUUUUCUUCCUUCUUUCUCACGCGAAUGGCAAAACUCGAGCUGCUACACGCGGAAAGCUUGAAGGCUCCAUCCGGCCACAGCAAAACACCAUGAAGGAGGUCCAGGAGCAACAGCAGCCGGAGUCAAUGGAAUCUAACGAGUCGGUUUCCGCCUCGAACGAGUACGCCUACCGACCGCUUACGACAAAACAUAGAAGGGCCGGAAGCACCGGAACCACCGGCGACGAGGAAUACACCACGGAUGAGGAUGAGCUGUACACGGACGAAGCUGAUUGCUCGAUCGGUGCGACGCUACAUCCGCCUCAUCCUAUUCUCAAAUCCGAUCUCGCGAGAGCAGCGACGGAUCUCUUCGGAUACGCCACAAAGCGUGAAGAUGAGGACGAAGAACCUACUAGUCUAUUCGACGAGGAUGACAACAAGUUCCUAGGUGAUAGUUCCAGCUCAACCAAAACAACUCCACUAUUUACGUACAACGAAAAGCUACAGGGUGUCUUAUCGAGACAUCGAAAUCCAUCGGAAGAAAAGAAGUCGGCAGAGCCUAGCGAUAAGUUGAAAUCUCAUGAGCUGGAAGUCUUGGAAUCUCAAGCUACGAGACCCUUGGAUUUUCGGUUGAGUGAAGCUGAAUCAAUGACAAAAGCAAAGAACGAGAAAAUUGAUGCGGAAUCAACGAAAAAAGACGACUUCCACGAACCGUCGAGGAGGUCUUCCCUUUCUAAAGAUACACAGCCGGAAGCGUCACCGAAGCAAGAGUUGUUGUGCGUUCCUAAAAAGAUUAGCGGCCCACCAUCGCCUACCACUCUACAAUGGGGAAGAGCAGUGGCCGAGGUGAAAGAACACGCGGUUGCGAAAUUGCAAGACGAGCUUAAAAGAGCUCACGAAGAAUUGAAAUUGAAGGAUGAGGAGGUAGCCAGACUCUCGCGCAUCAGACAGGAUGUAGAAACCGAACUCGAAGAACUCACUGCCAGCCUCUUUCAAGAGGCACAUAAUAUGGUUCGAGAAGCUAAUGUACGCCAGGCGACAGCGGAGCGUCUUUUAGAGGAAAGCCGCAUGAAAUCAGAAGUACUCGCAGCCGAAGUAGCAGCAUUGAAAACUCUGGUGCUCACAUCCACACCAUCGAGGCCGAAUCCCCAUUUGCAUCCUCAAAUUGACACAAAGGGUCGCGUUGGUAAUGGAGAGGAAAGUCAGCAGGGACUCUUCAUGAAGAAGCAUCGAAGAUCGCCGUCGCAUUUCAAUUUAAAAUAUGGUCGAGAGAACUCGCCGCCUGAAUCGCCGGUGAAAGAACAACGGCCGCCUUUGCCGAUUGACAAGGAGACCCUCGAGAAAGAUUGGAAGCGGGAUCGCGAGAAAGAAAAGGAAAAGGAGUGCAAAGACUUUGGUCUGGAAGUCGAUCCGAGGGUGCACACGGAGUUUCUCAGGUGGAAGGCAAAUCCUUGCGUCGAUAAGAGCGACGCCUUUGUUGCACGAGUAUUUAAAGAGGAUAUUGAUCUCUGCCUGGAUUUUCCAAAUAAGGAAUUGGGAGCCAAGGUCAGACAAGCCGUUUUAGAUGGCAUCAUUUUCAUCGAAGCGGUCAGCGAUAAAACGAAACUUUCUUUUCCCAAGAAAUGUGCGCUGCUAGAGGCUCCACGGCAAUGUCAUUAUCGUAUGCGACUUGGUGAUCAGGACAACCAAUGGUAUUGCAUCUCACAGAUCUGUCGCAAUCGAAUUAUAGCGGUGUGUGAUUUUCUUAAUUAUCUGAGAUAUGUCGAACGUGGUCUCGUUAAAAGUUCAGUUCAUGACGUUUAUUGGGAAAUCACACGGCUAAGAAAGGAAAUGGUUUUUGCACGAUUGGGUCUGGCACUAUCGUCUUGAGGUUCGCGUAGGCGGGAUGUUAUUUAGUCUCGAAACAAUUUGAUCUAAUAACUGCAAAUGCCUAGAAAUAGAAUCAUUUCGUAAAGUGUGCAGAAAAUUGAUAUAAUUUAGCGACGAUCUUUUGUCGUUUUAUCGGCCUUUUGCGCAGUUGAAGACGCAAAGCUGUAACUUUUGAGAUAUCCGAAGUCUCUCUAACUUUGUAACGUGAUUCUGAUAAUGUUUCCAAGAAAUUUACGUGCUGUUUAGGAAAUUGUAUUAUUUAUAACUACGAAAUAUGCAUAAUUUAUUCAUGGAACUUCCCUUUCCCGUUUAUGAAUAUUUUAUAGCGUGUUAACAAAUUAAAUCACUGCAUCAAGUUAUUUCUGUUUCUUAAUAUGUACAAUAUAGCUAUUCAGAAUUAUAUACUAUCAUAUAUAAUUUCUGUGGUGCGUUAUAUUCUUGCCGUAAAUUUCCUCACGUAAAUUUUUUCGAAACAUUGAUGUCUCUCGGCACCGUGACAGGUUUUAGAUUUAAUUUUUUCUGAACAAUUUGAAACGACAAUGAAGCUGAUUACAAGGCUGUGAAUGAUCUUGAUGUGCGGAUCAGAUAUUGUCAAUGGCUCUCCUAUACGAAAUGUAAAUAAUAGCAAAGAUUUUUGAGAUAUUGUAUCGCGUUUUUUCGAGAUUUAACUGGACUCGAACUUAUUGUUAGACUCGUGUGAAUUUUGACGCAGUUCAAGUUCUGAAUCCGUUGAUGUUUAUUCCAUAAGAUAGUUAAUGGUUAACAAUCACAUAAAUAUAUAUGAGAUCACUCUCUUUGCGUCGUGGUUUGGUAUUAACAUCGAAAAGAAAUAAUUUUGUGUUUACGAGUUAUUUAUAUUUAUAUUUGUGUUUAUGCAAAUUAAUUUUGUGAUUUGUUGUCAUAUUCAUUUUCUAUUAUUUUGUUAUGUUAAUUUAUUAAUUUUUAUAUUGCACUAAUUGCACUUUGACUAAUGGUUUUUGCUAGUGUUAUUGGUUGUUGAUUGUAUAAAUUUAUUAAUACUUGUAAAUGUUUGUACCGAACCUCGUGAUCAUAAAAUUGUCAUUUAGACUUGUUAGUUGAUACUCAUUGUUGGAUCAUAUACACUUUCGAUAUUAUCGCUUUUAGAAAAGAAUCACAUCUAUGUGGACCAUACGAAUCUCCAAGUUCUUAGUGUAAAUAGAAUUCAUCUAUUUCUAUCAUGUCGUACAAUGAUUCUACACAUCUAUCAUAAUGUGUCCGCCUAUAAAGGACACUUUGUUUCAACUUUACGAACAUUAAUCUGGCAUAGAAAGUACACAUUCUUUCAUAUUAUGUUAAUAUAUGAACCGAAACUGAUGUCUAUGUCAGUCACGUAUUUUCUGAUUGUAUAUACGAAUAUAUAUAUUUUCUUUACUGCGAAAAAAUGUUCGAAACUUUAAAUUUUGGAUCAACUAAUCGUCUUCUCGAGGCCAAUAAUCUCUGAAAAAGUGUUUCAGCAUGCGCGCGUGAUCAAUUUACUUUAUGAUUUAAAAUAUUAAAUUAUAAAAGCGACAUUAAUUAAUUAUGCUGUUGCAAAGGCAAUAUUAAUUUAUCAAUAAGAUUUUUAUAGACUCUGUUGUCUUCCAUUAUUUAUCACGUUUGAUAUAACAGCGAUGUGCUAAAGAAAACAGUUUAUGGAUUAUUUAAUUUGUUUAUUUUUUGUGUGUGAAAUAAUGCCAAACGUACAAUUUGUGACCAAUGACGAAAAUCUAUCAACGUUCCCAUGGAUAUCAUGGAGACGUAGAAAGAGAUUUCUUGUAAGCAUUUCUUGUGAAUAGAAAGUGUGUUAAUUGUAUAUCAAGUGUAAAUAGAAUCUUCUAUUAUAAUAUUACUUGAGACAGAAACUUGUAUUUAAAAACGAAAUAAAGGUCAUCGCCAUUGUAAAGA